AUGCAAUCAGCGGCAAACACUGAGUGGGGAAAUCAAUCGAUAAUCACAGAAUUCAUCUUCCUGGGAUUUGAGAAUAUUCAGGAACUGCAGUUUCUUCUCUUCCUGGUAUUUCUAGUGAUCUACAUUGUGACCGUGAUCGUGAACGUGCUCAUCAUCGCCCUAGUUAUGGCUGCUCAGCACCUUCACACCCCCAUGUACUUCUUCCUGGGGAAUUUGGCCUGCUUGGAGACCUGCUACACCUCCAUCAUCCUGCCCAGGCUGCUGGCCAGUCUCCUGACUGGGGACAGAACCAUCUCUGUCAUGGGCUGUAUUACACAAAUGUAUUUUUUUGGUUCUUUGGCAGCUACAGAAUGUUACCUCCUCGCAGCAAUGUCUUAUGAUCGGUAUCUGGCAAUAUGUAAACCACUGCAUUAUGCAACCUGUAUGACAGGCAGGUUCUGCCUUCAGCUCACAGCUGGGUCUUGGAUAAGUGCAUUACUGGCUAUGAGCAUAAUAGUAUGGUUCGUGUCACAGUUAACUUUCUGUGGCCCCAAUGAAAUUGACCAUUUCUUUUUUGAGCUCACCCCAGUGGUAAAACUCUCCUGCAGUGACACCAACGUCGUAGAAUUUAUAACGUUCCUAUUUGCCUAUUUUUUCACUCUGCCCCCAUUUCUAUUAACCAUUAUCUCCUAUGUUCUUAUUAUACCCACCAUCCUGAGAAUCUCUUCCAUCACUGGAAAGCAAAAGGCAUUUUCCACCUGCUCCUCUCACCUCAUAGUUGUUACAAUUUUCUACAGGACACUAAUAAUUGUCUAUGUGUUACCGAAAAACAACACACUCAGAGAUUUAAACAAAUUGUUUUCUGUCUUCUACACUGUCUUAACUCCUAUGGUCAAUCCCCUUAUAUAUAGCCUGAGAAACAAAGAUGUAAAGCAGGCUCUGAAAAAAUAUGCCAGUAUGUUUUUGGCUUUCCCAAGAAUUCAGACAAUCAGAGCUAAUCAAUUCAGGAUAACAUCAAGUUGA